AUGAGGACCCUGCUGCUCUUCCUGCUGGUCGGCUGCGCCUUCGGAGCGUCCGUCGAGAGGCCUCGCCGUCAGAUCUUCGGAGCUCGCAUCAACCUCGAAUCCUCCUAUUUACCGCCAAAGGAAGAAGCCCAAUGCAAGCCAUCUGUCGUUUACCGCACGCAGAUCCAAUAUUCUACCGUAGUCGUUCCAUCAACCGUCUACAACACAAACGUCCAGUACAUCACACAAACAUCCGUCCGCACACAGCAAGUCUUCACCACCUUAUACUCACAGAUCGUCCGCACUCAACAGGUUCCUUCAGUAAGAUACCAAACGCUCACUGUCACGACCACUCAGGAAAACCUACGCACACAGCUGGUCACUCUCCCUCCUCAGGUCAAUUACGUGACUCGUACUCAGCAGAGUGUUAGGACCCAAGUGCAAUACCAGACACGGUAUGAGACUCGCGUCCAGCAGGUACCCACUACCAUCAUUAGAAACGUCAUCUCAACACAGGUGGUACCUCAGCAGGUGGUCAGCACCGUCUACAGAACACAAACGGUUAUAAGAACACAGCAGUUGCCUGAUCAGACUCGUAUUGUACCUACUACUCAGUACAGCACCCGUUAUUCUACUGUAGUCAUACCUGCACAGAACGUCGUCAGGACUACCCAGCUUGUCAGCACCAACGUCGUCACCCAAACCAUCACACAACCUGGUCAAACUCGAGUCAUCACCUCUACACAGCUGAUUCCUGUCACCACCACCAUCGUCUCGCAGCUGGUUCGCACCAACACGCAGAUUCAGUAUGUGACACGUACACAAGUAGAACAGCGAGUCUCCACCGUCAUUCGUACACAGCAGGUGCCACAGUACAACACAAGGAUCGUCACCGUUCCUCAGCAGGUCGUCAGGACACAGUUCUCUACCCGAGUGGUUCCUACAACCAUUUACGCUCAUAGGACAGCGUCUUCAUACAUCAGUCUUCCCGCUCAGACACGUUAUGUUACAGUCACUCAAACCUCUGUCAGGACACAACAACUGCCCGAUCAGACCCGCGUUCAAUACAACACCAGAAUCGUCUACAACACUAACUACGAGACUUCUACCGUAUACAGGGAACAGUAUAACACCGUGACGGCUACCGCCACCGUCAAAGGAGACUGCGGCUACAGCUACCCAGCCCCCGCUCGCGCCUUCAACCCCUUUGCCAGCUAG